AUGAACGAAUACAAAGUGGAUUCCAUCAUUCAGGAUUGCGUGAACGAGGUAAGCUUGUUUUUGUUUUGCAUUUUUUGUAUUAGUUUGUUUGAAAAGGGACGUUCCAUUUUUAUUCGUAUCUCCCCCUAUGGAUGAGCAGAUUUCUACCACUUCACUUUUUUGUCGGAAAAAAACUUUUCCUACCCCCUCAUUUCUGUUGGUCCCUUUGAAAACGGAUUCCUACUAGUUGUCUGCCGAGGAUACUCAUCCAUAGAGGAGGGGGAUAGGAAUAAAAAUGGAAUGUCCCAUACGUUUUCAUGUAUGAACGAUUGUCUGAAUAGGUGUCUUUAAACUUUAGGUUGGCCCAACGUACGGACGCAAAAUGAUGACAGGUUAUGUCCGCAGCAAAGGCUUAGGUUUAAGCGGCAAUCAAGUUUCAAAAUCGCUGAGACGCGUGAAUCCAGUGAAUCAUUCCAGAAGAAGAGAAGAUACAGUUCGGAGACAGAAUCCAGUUCCAUAUUAUGCACCGUACUUCGGCAACAAAUUGCACUGUGAUCAGAACGAGAAGCUUGCUAUGUACGGAUGCACGUUUUCCGCCAUGUCUGAUGGGUGUAGCUCAAAAAUAGUCAAACUGUUUUCUAGGCCAAAGAAAAAUGCAGUGAUAAUAUACUCACACUUCAGGUUAGUAUUGUUGUAAAUAUGCAAACAGACUAAUCUCCUAUCUUUUUUUAAUUUUGAGAUAGGCUUUACUAUAUUGCUUGCUUUAGUGACUCUUGUGCAGUAUUAUUAAAAAUGGAGAGUAAAAAAAUUCAUUAUUUCACUAAAUAAAUGGCAUAGGAGCUGUUCAAAAGAGCAGCUGUUCAAAAGAGCAACAUAUCACACAGAAACAGUUUGCUUAAGCAUAAAAAAUUCCAUAUCGUCUUGCGAAACGUCCCUAGCGGCGGGGAGCGACAAGAGGCAGCUCUAUUUGCAGGCUAAUUCCCACUGCAUAAAUUUAUUGUUUGAAUGGUAAAAUAGCAUUUUGAGCAGAUUUAAAGUAAUUUUAAAAAGUAACUUGUAUUUGGGCAAAUUGUCCUCUGUUGUUGUCACAACAGGGACGUCCUUGUCAGAGAGGGUAUCUGGGAUAUGGUAAGAGUGGACCAUGGAACGGAAUCCUGUCUGAUGCUUUUCAUCCAAAAUCUUCUCAGAAACGAGAGGGGAAAUAUAAGCUGUGAACCAUAUAUGCAGACGUGCUCUAGGCAGGUGGGUAUGACGAUAAUGAUCACGUAAGGGUUCAAUGUCCAACUUACACCAAAGCUUAGGUAAACACACAUGGGACUUCGGUGAAGUCUAAAAGAUUCUAUUCUUCCCCAAAUGUUUCUUUUGAACCCCCCUCUUAAUGUUAGGUAUGACUGGGACGAAAGAGUUUGUAGCAGGAGGGGGGGGGGGUAAAAAUGAAAACGUUCAAAUGCCGAAAAUUAGUAAAAAAACAUGGACAAAUAUGUCCUCCUUAUCAUAUUAGUAGUAUUAAUAAACCUUAGGGGGCUUCUAUUAUUAAUACAUGUUGAAACUAACUACAGGGUGUCUCCAUGCAAUGGCGUUAACAAAAUAAAGGGGUGAACACUUUUAGUUCCAUUUAUUGACUUGCCAAUAUUAUUUUGUAUUUACCAAAUCAGUGAAUAGCAAUUUUUGCGCGUUUUGAUUGGCUCUCGUAACUCGGAAUAUAGCUAAUUUGGUAAAUACUAAAACAACUAUCCCUCUCAGGGUUGGUGAACAGCCCUAGAUAUAUACGUAGUAGAUAUAUAUAGAUAGUAGAUAUAUACUAUAGAUAGAUAGUCGAUAUAUACGUUGACACUUCGCGCCCCGGUAUAUAUAUCCACACCACUAUAUUCACCUCCCCUUCGCGGGAUAGUUGUAUACUACUUGUCCUUUUCCCAGCAUUAUUUGUUUUAAGUAAUGGUCCAGCUAAGAAGCAGGCAGAAAAACAAUAGCCCGCGGCAAUAGCGUCAGUUAUUUUUCAGGCGCUAAUUUCUCUAAUCAAAUUAAAUCUGAAUGCCCUGAUUGGUCAAUACAGCGAAAAGCGCGAAAUUUGAAUUUUAAAGUUGAAUUAAGAUAGCUUAAGACUCAUUCGAACAACUUUUUAUUUCGUCUAUUGCUUUGUUAUGUUGAAAAAUAUAACAUAUCUAAAAUUUAAAAGAUUUCUAUGCGCCAAACCCGAGGAAGUUAAACUGAUAUGAAAUUACACGAAGAUGAGCACAGUGUUACAUCAAUCAGCGACGUUGGGAACAACAUUUACGUCGGCUCUCACAAAAGAAAUGUCAAAACCAUGAUCGUAAACAGCAGCAAUUCACUCUCACGUGGCGAAUCUGGCGAACGCGCCAAUGUCGCGCGUUCAUAUUCGGCCACCAUACAGAACAACAACAAGUACACAAAAUCAAAUCCAAAUGUUAUCUAAAUGUUCUGCUUUUGGAAAAAAAGAGGAUGUUGCCCAGAUAGAAAAAAUUCCUGCAUGUUCGGAUAAUCGGGUUUCAGAAAAAGCUCUCCUACAGUUUAUCUGUUUUCAAGGUUUUGAUAUUACUCUAUAAAAAUCCUUCUUACAAUCUCUCUCGUCCUUGGAAAAAAUAAAGGCAAGCUACAGUCGUGCUCGCUAGAUCUUCCGUACCAAGAGAAACUCAAACACCAGUGACAGCUAUUUAUGAUACCUAAGCGGCUUCCGUCUCGGUAUUCUCCGUCUCAGAACUCAAAGGUACAAAAUGCAAACGUGUCACAAAUUUCAAUUCGCUCAUUUUAACUUAAGGUCCACGGCGAACUUCCAUUUCGCUUGAUGAAGCAGUCUAGAGAGAAAAAAAAUCGAAUGAAAGAUGGGUAAAGAUACACGGAAUAUGGAAGUUUCGAAAAGGGCAAACACAUGAAUAACACAUAAUGCGCGCGGAGGUGCGAAAAUCUAUUGAAUUCAGCUUACCUCAAGCUCAAGUGUUCUACAUCUUUUCGAGAAAUAAAUUCAUCCUUGUAAAAACAACAAAUCUUUCGCUUUCUCCUUUUAUGCCCAGCUGUACUCCAAUUUCUAGUGCCACAAUUAUUCUGAUCUCCUCCUGAUCCGGCCUGACAACGAAAACAACUACGCCGGGCCCAAAUUCCCACAUGGCGACUCGGCAUGUCGAGGACGGCAGCAAACCAUGUUUAAGAGCAUUUUGACGAUCACUCCGAUGAUAAAAUACAGUAAAUUUGAGAUAAAUAUUCAAUAAAGAAAAAAUGCAGAUUUUUCACGAAGAAAUUGACGAGAUUUCUUCGGGUAAAAGACAAAUUUCCCAACAUCUCAAGUGUCACACUAAGAUGGGGUCACAACAAGGUCGCGCGUGUGUUUGCCGUUUUCCGCUCUAACUUUUGAUUGGCGCAUAGAACAAUGCUGAAACUUGGCCGUGAGGUAUAAGACAGGGGAACGGGGAAAAUAAAGCUAAAAAAAGGUGUUUUUGUCACGUUUCUGACUGUUUUUUUGGCGAUUUUUGGAUUUCGGCCAAUCAGAACGCUUGAUUUAAUUGAAAUUAAUGAUUAAAAGUUAGCACCUUUUAAUCACUUUUGCCGUUCGCCUGCCUACCUCUUACACGGACCAUUACUUAAAUACAAUUCGGUUUUAAGAGUUCUUUACUAGAUAAUAUAUACUGACACGAAUAAUAAACAUUAUUAUUAAUUCUCUUUAUUUACCCGGGACUGUUCGUCUAAUCACGCUUGUGAUUAGCAUGAGCCCUUUAUCAAAAAUGCAAAAAAGCCAUUAACAAUUCAUAGAGAAAAACAAUUAAGGAAAAUAAAAUUAAAGUAACGUGUUAAAACGAGUGUCUUUAUAACUUAAAUAGACACGGCUAAAUUUUACUGUCAAUUUUCUUGGCCAAAAUAACCCAAAAUCUUUAUAUUUGUGUAAGAAUGAACAGACCUACAUUAAAGUUAUAUUUUGGCCCGUUCAAUAAAAGCACUCCAUUUGUUUAUUAAUAAUUAAACUGUACUUAUCCACCGGACUUAGGACAGUCUCAAUUAGAGAAACGUGUUAAAUGACUAGUAAUUAUUUAUAAAUAGUGGUGUAUUUUUUUUUUUUUCGUACAGAAUUUGCCUGCAGAGCGCAAGUGGCCAGAGGUAAAUCAACAUGUCGUAUACCCAAUAAAAGAAACUCUCGUGCGAAUGGAAAAUGGCUUAUUGAUACACAUGCAUGAUCCAGUUGUUCAAUUCUGUGUUUCCUUUAUAACUAUGAAUGUAGCUGAGGUUGAACUGAAGAGAGUCAUAGGAUCAUGGAAUUCUGGUCGCAUUCUGGUUGUGUGGUUGCGCAGAAUGUACUAGCACAGCUCGCAUUUGUUUUUCUGACUCCAACUCAUAAACUGAUAAAGUACAAUUACUAUAAUAUCACUACUUUGUUAUACUUCCUAGGAAAGGACAAUCGAAUCCCAGAUGUAGUCGCAGGAGCAACAAAGAGAAUUCGUCCAUUAACCCCUACAAUUGUGCCAAGUGUUCAAGAUGCCAUACAGAUGUAUACCAGUGCUGGUGGAGUCUUAACAUCUGAAUGUUCUUUUGGCAACGACCCCUUGGCUGAUGAUGGGGCACUAAGAAGCAGGCAUGACACAGAGUUUGUACAGAAUAACCCAUCAUUCUCCCAGAUUUUUGAAAAUGUUAUCAUUGGGAAUGGUGCCCUUAUGGAGACCGCUAUCCUGUCAUUUAUUAACAUCACAAGAUAUUUAUCUCCAUGA